UGAUGAGGAGCAAGGUACCAUUAUUGAAUCUCUUCUUAAUUUAGUUAAAAAAGCAUUUAAUGAGUUCUUUAUCAAGAAAGAACAUAUGAUUCCUUCUGAGGUCAUCAAGGGCUUUGCUGCCAAACAGCAUCUAUUCAUAAAUCCAGACUUUAGUAAUGCUAAUACUCUAAAUAUGCUUAAUUUCAUAAUCAAAAAUAUAAAAAUUUUUGAUAAAUCAGUAUUCCACAGCCAACAUAAAUCAGCUCCUGUUAAUCUUUUCAAAAAUUUUAAGAACAAUAUUCAGCAUAAAAUAGCAUAUGGUAUCUUAAUAGAUCAAAAGGGUCGAUGA